AUGAGACUUGCCAACGCCUCAGUCCUAGCGAUGCUGCCCGCCACUGGCCUCGCUACCUGCGGCACCGCCUACUCGGGCGAUCAGACCAGCAGUACGCUGCUCCGCACCGUCGUGCUCGACAUGGGGAACGAUGCCGCCAACAUCACCGCCACCCAGUACGACAAGUACUUUAAGCAAGGGAGCGCCCUCAAGGGCGUCGAGGCCGUUAUCGCCGACAGCAAAUUCUACAUCAACCUGUGGGCCAUCCCAGGCACCGAGUCCGCCUUCAAAAAGGUAAAUCCAUGCUUAAACGACGGCUAUCUGGUUAAUCAAGUGCCCUGGCUGUAUUACAACACUACCGCCGCCAGCUGGUGGGGUGGUUACAAGGCUGAAACCCAGGCCAGCAGUUACAAUGCUGCCGCCUUGUCUGUGGUGACAAAUAUCGUUGCCGGCCUCGAGGUACGCUUCUGGGACACCAAUGGCGAUGGCUACACCGAUCUCAUCGAUGCCGACUACCUUGAGGGUGUGACCGUCGACACCAUCACUAAGAACACCAACGGUACUUACUCAGUCUACCGCGGCAAUAUCGACGUCCCCAACAAGACGCGCUGGGAAGGCACUAUCUUCAACGCCGACCUUUUCAGCGGCGCCGGCCCUGCUAUCUCCGCCAGCAAUUUUGACACAGCGCCAAGGGCUGGGCCAUGA